CUUGUCUGGAAGGAUGCUGUUGAAGCGGUGGUAUCGUCUGUUUGUAAUGCAGUCUAGUGAACAGCCAAGAUGGAGCUGUGCGUCUGUUGGUUGAACCACAAUGCAGCUGACAGUUUCCUCUACGUUCAUUUGCAAUCAUAGCAAUGGAUCAUUUAACUUGAAAGCCCUAUCAGGAAGCUCUGGAUAUAAGUUUGGUGUUCUUGCUAAGAUUGUGAAUUACAUGAAGACACGGCAUCAACGAGGAGACACACAUCCUUUAACUUUAGAAGAAAUUUUGGAUGAAACACAACAUUUAGAUAUUGGACUCAAGCAGAAACAAUGGCUAAUGACUGAGGCAUUAGUUAAUAAUCCCAAAAUUGAAGUAAUAGAGGGGAAGCAUGCCUUCAAGCCCAAGUGCAACUUGAAAGAUAAGAAGGCUGCCCUGCUUAGGCUGUUAGAUCAGCAUGACCAGUGACGCUUAGGAGGAAUUCUUUUAGAAGACAUAGAGGAAGGACUGCCCAAUUCCCAGAAAGCGGUCAAGGCUUUAUGGAACCAGAUAGUGUUUGUAAAUUGUCCUGAUAAAAAGAUUCGUUUCUUCAAUGUCAGUUUUCUGUGGAUGAAGGACACUGAAGUUCACCCCCACCACCUGGACAUUUCUGGAGACACCUGGGCCUUAAAAAGCACAAACCAAGUUUCAAUUCUCAAAUCAUCACCCGGAGUCUUUGCCCCUGGCUACAGAUGGCGGGUGGCCCGCCCACCCAAGAUGUGCCUGGAACGGGACUGUGGAUGCCAGUGUGGAGGAGAGAAACAUACUCAGCCUAGCCGAGUGGCCCAGAACAGUAAGACCGUCCCAAUACUGAGAAAUACGGAAGAGGACACACCCAGAUACCGCUCCAUCUGCGGGAGACCCAGGACUGAGGUGCUGCCAUCCAGGGGCUUCAGCCUAUCCCAGAAGCAUGAGGGGCAGCCUGGUCACUGUGGGUGACUUGUCCUGGGCCGACGGGCGAGGUCUGGG